AUGGAUGACGCUAGUGUGCCGGUUAACGCUAUGCGGUCAAGCGCUCCCGACUCCCGUGUAAAGGGUACCGGUACGAGAUCAAAGCUACAAUGGCCAACUUCUAUAUCCCAGCAGAAGAAAAGUAAAAAAUCACGUCCAUUCUGGAAACCAGCUUCGCUCCGUGCUCCUGUCCUUGUCUGCACAACCCUCACAUGUUGGGCCCUCAUCGCCAUCCUACAAUAUUUCCUUGCUAGAAGCCAGCGAGAUGGAGGGAUUCUCUUCGCGCCCAAGAUUGGCAAUCUCCCGUCAAGUCAGCACUUCCUCUAUCUUUACCUCCCAACCAUUCUCGCCGUCAUCUUCAGCAUGUAUUGGGCCUGGAUCGAUCUGGAGACGAAGAGGAUAGAACCCUACUACCAGCUCAGUAAAGACGGUGGUGCACUGGGGAAAGACUCUCUUCUGUUACAAUAUCCCUUUGAUUUUCUCCCGCUGGUGCCGGUGAAAGCGUUGAGGGAUGGACAUUGGCCUGUGUUCUGGGCAUCUAUUUCCAUGGUCUUUGUGACUUGGGGCCUAGUCCCCAUGCAGGCUGGUAUCUUCUCCGUGCAGACGAUCCACCGAUCUUUCGACGCACCAUUUUCACUCUCCACUUCGUUUAUGCCCAUGGCACAACAAACUACCAACUUGACACUACGUUACGCCCAGUCCACAUAUGGGAUUGCUACCCUGGACGAGACACUCCCAGCAUAUAUGGCGAGGAACUACACUUUGGCUCCAUUCAAGCCUACGGCUGUCGGAAAUAACGUCGACACUGUCAUCCAGGGUACCUGGACUGCCAUCACUACCAUGUAUGGAGUAGAUUUAUCUUGCCAAGUAGUCGCACCUCAGCGCAACAAUGCUUCGAAAUCCGUCUUGUACCAAAGCAACGGCGGCUGCAAUGUCACCUUUGGCCUGACAGGUAACAUCACAAAAGGAUACAACGCCGACAAAGACCUCAAUGCUCCCUUGUUAUCAGCAAAAGACUACAUGGGAAUGUACAUUGGGUUCUAUAACGGUGGAUUCGCAGAUUACUCACUCCAAAACAGUUGCCCACCAGAGGGCAACUGGACAUUUUACGCCGCCUUCAGUGGCAACAAAGCGCGCGAAUCCGACGCCCCAAACAAUGUAACCGCUAUAUUCUGCGAACCAACUUUCUUCGAGCAGACCGUAAACGCAACGGUAGACAUGCGAACCCUGCUUCCCACCAGCACCACACCCAUCGGAGACAAGAAAGCCCUCAAUCCCAAGCUCUUCAACACAACGAGCUUGCAAAUUCAAAUGAACGGCGGCACCGGCUACGAGUUUCGCAGCAACAACCUGCCGAUUCGAAAGCUGCCGGAUUACCUGGAGCGCAUUGCCGAUGGCAACGUGAGCCUCCUGACGGGUGCGACGGGGAAUGCGGCAGUACAGCCCAUGGUCGGCUUGUCUCUGGCCGUGGGCAACCAGCCGUUGGAAGAGUAUCUGGAUGCGGAGGUGCUUGGUAAUUCUUACGCGGAUGCGUACCGUCUGUUGUUCUCACGGGCUAUGGUAGACGUACUCAAUGGCGGUGUUGAAGGCGCUGCUGUAAACAUCAGCGGGCGACAGGACUACACGACGCAGGCGGUUGUGGUCGAGCCUGUCUUCACGUAUAUCGUCGAGGCCUUCUUGGGCGUGAUAUCAAUGGCGACACUGGCGCUGCUAUAUCUCUCUGUUACAAGGACGAGGAAGCUCUAUUCGGAUCCAAGCACUAUUGCUAGCCUCAUGAGCCUGGUAGCGGAUAACGAGGCCUUUCUCGCCGAGUUUGAAGAUUUGGAUUGCUGCACAUUGGAGGAUAUCCAUGCCGUGAUUGGGGAUAAGAAGUAUCGCCUCGUCGAUGACGGUGGACGGAAUAGCAUUGUAGAAGUUGGCCCUACCAUAGACGCUGUUCUCGCGGCUCAGCGACCUAUAACGCUUAGCCAGCGCCGAACCACACCACGAGACAUUGCGAAGCCGGUCAGACCCGUGGAAUUCCGACUCUAUGUAGCCAUACCCUUUGUGACCUUGUUCAUCGCUCUGGCCGUAACACUGGGAGUGAUCUACAUCAAGGCGCAAGUCAACGGACUUCCACUUCCCUCCAAGAACAAGCUUGUGCAGAACUUGCUGGAGAACUACAUCCCUACUGCUCUAGCCACGCUGAUCGAGCCAAUGUGGAUCCUUAUCAACAGACUCUUGUGCAUGUUACAGCCCAUCGAAGAGCUGCAGUCCUGUAACGCACCUGCUAAAAAGUCCAUCGAUUUAAACUACAGCACGCUUCCGCCUCAGCUUACGAUUCUGAAGGCUCUUUUCUCGCGACACUUUGUGCUCGCCACGGUUUGCGCCAUGGCGCUUUUGGCCAAUAUCCUGGCUGUUGCCUUUGCAGGCCUCUUCGAGCAGGAGACACUGAGUAUGAAGCAAGCGACAUCGUUUGAUGUUCCCUUUGACAUGAAGUUUUUGCCCAUCAAUGGGAGCAUCGGGCCGCUCAGGAGCGAUAUCUCAGGCUCCCUGCAGCCCUCGGGUGCCUACCGGGGUGGCAGCGCGCAAGAUCAGUUUCUAAUCGCAGAGUCGAAUUUCACCAGAGGAACACCGUUGCCUGCCUGGACGGACGAGCGCUUUCUGUAUCUCCCUUACUUCAGCUCGGCCUCUGUAAAUGCAUCGGAUCAGCGUGAAUACGAAGCUCGAACAGCUGCCUUCGGCGCAGAAUUGGACUGCGAAACCCUCGAGCCUGGCGUCGACUAUAGCGCUAGAAUCGGGGUGGGCCGUUCGGAGGUUCGGAUUUUGUUUAAUACUACAAGAACAGAAUUAUCAGAAAGAGAAGCGCAAUCCAAAGAGGCGAUUUGCUCCAUGCGAGCAUCAUCAUCGCUUCGAUCGGGCCCUAUUCGUUCUGAUCCAAGCGAGAGACUAGAAAAUGCCUGUCGACGCGGCGCAAGUGCGACCGAAGUAGCUUUCGUGACUGAGGCUGCGGCCAACGCAACGCAAGAAGAAAAGGACGCUUGUAUGAGGACAGUCAUCCUGGGUUGGAUUCGAGCUUCUGAAGGAUCAUGUGGGGCCUUUGCAGAAAGGGAUCUGGACAAGAGCAAUUCAGCAUUCGUUCGCUGCAUCCCGAGAUUGAUCUCGGGAGAAGCAACGGUCCACGUUGAUGCGAGCGGGCGUUUACAGGAAAAGACUGUCGAACUGAAAGUGAAACAGAAGAUAUCGUCAGAAGAUCAAGAAAGGAUGUUUAGCAAUGACCCGGCCAAUCUGAUAGGUCAGGCCAAUCAGUACUUGUUUGCGCAGACCGGGGAGAGUGGAUGGCACAAUGACAGUUUCGCACAGGAUGUCAUCAACUACUUCGCCAUGCGGGAAGCCAACAACAGCAGGCUAGUCGACCCCAACCAAAGCGCUCCAGCACUCACAGACAUCCAAGAGCCUAUCAGCAAAGCCUACUCGAGAUUGUUUGCCAUCUGGUUGGGAGCCAAUAAGGAGAAGUUGUUGAUAUCUCACACUGGUGACAGUAAGACCUCCAUCCAAGGCUGGACCGUCUUGAACGAGCAACGCCUUGUCGUAUCUACGCCCAUGUUUAUCCUCUCUGAAACGAUCUUGGCUAUCUAUGCCAUCGUCGCCAUUGUGGUGUAUCUUCGCCGACCUGGGCAGUACUUGGCGCGGAUGCCCAUGUCUAUUGCUGCGAUUGUCAGUUUGUUCGCUGCUAGUGCGGCAGUGCAGGAUAUGCGCACUACGUCACAAAUGGAUCGCAAAGGGCGAGCACGGUUCCUGAAGGAACUCGACUCGCGGUACGGCUAUGGUAGUUAUGUUGGCAGUGAUGGCCGUGUGCACAUUGGGAUCGACAAGACGCCUUUUGUGCGGAUCAGGUCCAAGAGUACUUGGCUGAAGAAGAAAACGUUUACAUUCCGCAAAGGCGCGGGCGGUAAUGGAUGA